CAGGGGGAAGGGAUAAAAUAAAAUAUUUCAUAUAAGUGCAUUCUUCAACCUGAAUUUUUCUCAACAUUAAUCUUAAGAGUGUGGAAGGUUUCUAUAACGUGAGUGAUACCAGUCAGUAAAUUAAAAAUAGUGGAAAGGCAAAGUCAAAACAAAGCAAAACAAAGCAAAACAAAGCAAAACUAAGCAAAACUCUUUUCAAGUUUUUAUUCCCUCUCUUUAUAUACAACAACAUUUUUACUCUUUAUUGAAUUAAGAUGUCUUCGCCUACAAGAUACAAUCGAUCUGUGUUGUCUCCAAAAACCAGUAACUCCAAACCAUCUCCAACCAAAACAAAUUCAUUUGAAUCUCCACUUUCCAACCAUCGUUUAAGAUUAGUUUCCCCAACUAAACGGAAGUUAUUCAAAACUUCACCAGUUAAAAGUAAUGGAUUUGUUAUUUUUGAAGACCCAGUCAAAUAUAAUCCCUUAGAAAACACCAAUACGAAUGAUAUAGAUCCUUAUUCAGCUGGAUUGGAUAAAGAAAACGUUAAUCAUUCAAACACUCAAGGACUUAGUAAUAAACAAAACCAUAUGGAUCAAGAAAAUAUUCUUCAACCGAAAAAAAAUGAACAAUUUAGACGUAACAAUACUACCCCACGUAAACCACUUGGAAAUCUCAGUAUAAAUGAAUUCCCUGGUUAUAUUACAAGAGGUGGAGAAAGCUUGGCUGGUAAUCAACUUACUGAAGAUUGGAUCCCAUCAAAUGCAAACAAUGAACAAAACUCACUUCAUAAAUUCCAAAUGAAAAUUCCAUCGUUUGUUACUCCUCCUAGAAAUCUGAAAUAUAUUAGACUUGAAAAAGUUGUUAAUGAAUUUGCCGCCACUAGUCUUAGUGAAAAAUAUUUAUUCAAGUCAAAUGUUGCGAUUUCUGAAGGAGAAGAGGAUGAAAAUGAUAUUGAUGAUGUGGAAUUACAUCUACAGAAAAGAGCUAAUUCAAUGAGAAUUCGUAAAAGAUCCAAUUCUGUUGGAAAGAAUAAUAGUAAACUUAAACUUAUUCGAAAGAAUAAUUUCCAAAUCUUAUCAAAUUAGUAGAUUUAAAGGAAAUACAUGGGGGUCAAGUUAUGAUAUUCUCUAUUAUACUUGAUGUUACCCAAUUUUAUACCCAGAUACCCAAAUUCAUACCCCGAUAGUAUUUCAAACCAUUAGCUAAAAGCAUUGGAGAUAUUAUCAACAUCUUGCAUUAAUAAAUAUACC